AUGAACUGGAAUCCCAGUAAAAAUCCUUUAACUUUCACCUAUUUCGAGAACAGACUUGGACCUUUCCCAGGAGUCAUUGACAUCUUUGGCCUAGGAGGGGGCCUGCUGGAAUACAGAGCCAGCCUUCUGGCUGGUCAUGGUUUUGCCACCUUGGCUGUAGCUUAUGAAUAUGAAGAUCUCCCCAAGACAUCUGACAACAUAUUCCUGGACUACUUUGAAGAAGCCCUGAACUACAUGCUUCAACACCCCCAGGUAAAGGGCCCAGGCAUCGGGCUUCUGGGCAUUUCUCUCGGGGCUGAUAUUUGUCUCUCGAUGGCCUCAUUCCUGAAGAACAUUGCAGCCACGGUUUCUAUCAAUGGAUCUGCGUUCAGUGGAAACAGAGUCAUCUAUUAUAAUGAGACAAAAAUCCCAUCAUUGGGCUAUGACCCAAGAAGAAUCAAGGUAGUUUUCUCAGGCCUCCUGGACAUUGUGGAUACUCGGAUUGAUAUUGUAGGCGGGUGUGAGCACCCCAGCAUGAUUCCUAUAGAGAAGGCCCAGGGGCCAAUCCUCUUCAUUGUUGGACAAGAUGACCAUAACUGGAGAAGUGAAUUCUAUGCCCAACUGGCUGCUGAACGGUUACAGACCCACGGGAAGAAAAUGCCCCUGAUAAUCUCCUACCCUGGGGCUGGACAUUGCUUAGAGCCACCUUACUUCCCCAUGUGUCCCGCUUCUGUGCACAGAGCCCUGGACAAGAUUGUGAUCUGGGGUGGGGAGCCCAGAGCUCAUUCUAAGGCCCAGGUAGAUGCUUGGAAGCAAAUUCUAAGCUUUUUCUACAAACAUCUUUGCAUGCCCCCCAAAUUGUAACACACUGCUCUGCUGUUGACAUGAGAGAUUCAAGGAUAGAUUGUGGUGUUUAAUAAUCUGUGUGAAUCAGUUCUCCCCUGGAUAACAUUAGAUUUGUGUUAUUGGCAUCAAUUAUGUUUAAAAAUUAAUCAUGUAAUUGUAAUUUUUUAAAAAGAAAUGGAAUUAUUGCUUAUUUUAAUUUAUUCUUCACACUUAAAUUUUCCCCCAAAAC